AUGGUUUCGUACGCUUUUUUUCUUUUGUCCCCUCUUUCUUUCCUGUUUCUCUCAUUUUAUCUCUGGCCCUCGAGCCCUCUGUUUCUCGGUCAUGUGUGCGUUCACUUGGUGGCAUGCUUGCGCAUUGACGCGCUCUCGGCCGGCCACUCGCGUUGCAUACUCACACUCAGGCACAUGCAGUCAUCUCUCGUCCCUGUCUCCGAGGGUUUCGCGGUUUUGUGCCCCCACGAAUGUGUUUGGCACCCAUUUUUCCAAGCUCGUUUCGUAAACUUGCCAGAGCUGCUUUGUCAUUUAUUUGAUGUGCUGGUAGACUUGGGUAGAAACCUAUCCGUGGCUUUAGAAGCUGCUUUCUCUGUUCGGACAUAA